AUGUUCCGCCAUGUUCUUGGGAAGACCUUGGGGUUUGUGGGUUACACCAUCCAGUAUGGCUGCAUUGCACAUUGUGCCUUUGAGUACAUCGGCGAGAUUGUUGUGUGCUCAGGUCCAUCAAUGGAGCCCACCAUCGUAAACAAGGAUGUUGUUUUCUCGGAGCGAAUGACUCGGCAUCUUUGCAAAAUACAAAAAGGUGAUAUUGUUAUUGCAAAAAGCCUUUUUGACCCCAAUAUGAAUGUUUGCAAAAGGGUCAUAGGUUUGGAAGGUGACAAAGUCUGCACAAGUGGUCCCUCAAACCCUUUCAAGAGUCACACAUAUGUGCCAAAAGGCCAUGUAUGGCUGGAAGGUGAUAACCUUACGAACUCUACUGACUCAAGGAGCUAUGGCCCAGUUCCUUAUGCUCUCAUUCGAGGGCGUGUUUGCUUGAAGCUCUGGCCCCCGGAUAGUUUUGGGACACUCAGUGAAAGUCCGACCAGACGAAUCUCGAAGGACCGGGAUGAUUAUGAUUCAGAUUGA